UGUGUUUAAGAGAGGUAAUCUCUGAGGGGUCCUGGCAGGUCUGGGCUGAGCGGUCGCCGCAGCUUCCGCCACCGCCUCAGCAGAGGAGGAGAGGAGGGGAGCGGGCCCGCCGCCCGGGGCGAAGAUGCUACCCCUCUCCAUCAAGGACGAUGAAUACAAACCCCCCAAGUUCAACCUGGUCCGCAAGAUCUCGGGCUGGUUCAGGUCCAUCCUGUCAGACAAGACAUCCCGGAACCUGUUCCUGUUCCUGUGCCUGAACCUCUCCUUCGCCUUCGUGGAACUGCUCUACGGCAUCUGGAGCAACUGUUUAGGUUUGAUUUCCGAUUCUUUUCACAUGUUCUUCGACAGCACUGCUAUCUUGGCUGGACUGGCAGCUUCUGUUAUUUCAAAAUGGAGAGAUAAUGAUGCUUUUUCCUAUGGGUAUGUUAGAGCGGAAGUUCUGGCUGGUUUUGUAAAUGGCCUAUUUUUGAUCUUCACUGCCUUUUUUAUUUUCUCUGAAGGUGUUGAGAGAGCAUUAGCACCUCCAGAUGUUCAUCACGAGAGACUACUACUUGUUUCUGUACUUGGGUUUGUUGUAAACCUAAUAGGAAUAUUUGCUUUCCAACAUGGAGGUCAUGGACAUUCACAUGGCUCUGGGCAUGGACAUAGUCAUUCUCUCUUUAAUGGUGCACUAGAUCAUGGACACGGACAUGGAGAUCAUGGACAUGGACAUGGGGAUCAUGGUCAUGGUCAUAGUCAUGAAUUGAAACAUGAUGCACAUAGUCAUGAUCAUGGGCAUGGACACUUUGACUGUCACGAUGGUCCCUCAAUUAAAGGAACAACAGGACCAAGCAGACAGAUUUUACAAGGUGUAUUUUUACACAUUCUGGCAGACACGCUGGGGAGUAUCGGUGUAAUUGCAUCUGCCAUCAUGAUGCAAAACUUUGGUCUGAUGAUAGCAGAUCCUAUCUGUUCAAUCCUUAUUGCCCUACUUAUAGUUGUAAGUGUUAUUCCUCUGUUAAGAGAGUCAGUUGGGAUAUUGAUGCAGCGAACACCUCCAUCACUGGAAAGUGCUCUGCCUCAGUGCUAUCAGAGGGUUCUACAGUUGCAAGGUGUUUACCAUUUACAAGAGCAGCAUUUUUGGACUCUUUGUACUGAUGUUUUUGUUGGGACCUUAAAAUUAAUUGUAGCACCUGAUGCUGAUUCAAGGUGGAUUUUAAGCCAAACUCACAAUAUUUUUACUCAGGCUGGAGUACGACAACUUUAUGUGCAAAUUGACACUGCUGCCAUGUAGUGAAUCAUCAGAAAUUGUGCUCUUUGGACCAAAGUUUUCUGGUACUGUACAAUCUAGAACAUUGUGUCCUCAUCUUUUAUAAAAUAGAGCCAUCACCACAACAGCCCAAGAUGAAGAUGACCAAGUAGACUUUCCUUUUAUGGUCUAGUGGAAGAGUUCUCUUCUAAGGAGCCAAAAUUAAAAGGAUAUAUAUCUUGGACUUUUGGUCUUGUCUUUUGUGCCCUCUCUUUCCAAACCAUUUUCUUUUAAGGGUUUCUUUUCUUUUCUACUAUCAUAUCUUUAUUUCAGUAGAAAUUCAGAUUGUGGGCCUGUGAUCAUUGGUUAAUAUCUUCACUGAAGCCACUGCUCAUUCCCACAAACCAGUGCUAUUAGAAAAGAAAAAAAAGUUUAAAAAAGGAAAUCUGAUUUGUAUGUAAUGUCACAUUGUUGACAUUCUUCAAUAUAAUCAUAUGUUUGUAAAAUUGUUUGUACUUUGCAAACUUAAUGAACCAAACCAUAUUGGGUUUUCAAAGUGCCUUUGCAUCAGAAAAUAUAUUUGCCAGCAUAGAAAUGUAAUGUCAGGGGGUUUUAUUUGUUUUAUGGGCAUACUACAACUUGUAUAAAAUAAGACUCUUGCUUCUGAUGUAUACCAAAUUUAUUUUUGUGUACUUCAAGCAUAAUUUUAAAUAUGUACAAAUUCCCUUUAAUUGUUUCAUCUUGUCAAAAUAAAAGAUAUUACUUUUUUAAAAAAAAAAUUCAUUAUCACAUAAAUUACUCUU